UCCUUUUUCCAUUAUGUUCUAAAGAAAUCAUCACUCAGCCCAACAAAAAGUGUUUUGUUUUUGUUUUUCUUUCUGAAAGCAACGUUAAAAGAGGCCUUGCUCUGAAAUACUGAUAUAGCAAUUGAGUUGAGACGUACACAAACACUCUCGCAUUUUGUUAAUAAAGCCUGCAAACGAUCUUCUCUUCUGCAAAAUCUCCACUCUUUCAUGGCACAUGGCCUUUGAAUCACUGGUCUCGAUGUAAUCAUUGUAGCCAUCCCUCCCUUGAACUUCAUCUUCUUUUUGAACCCAAUUCCGCUCUCUCUAAAAAACACCCAAUUCUCUGCAGCCAUGGCCCUUCGCCAUUAUUAGAAGUUCUAGCACGAGAGAGAAAAAACAGAGUGGGUUGUUGUUACUUGGGUUUGGUUUUAAUGGGCAGUGACCAAAAAUGGGAGGCGAUAGCGCCGGCGCUGCCGGCCGUGUCACCGUUGAACCCAGAAAGAGAUGAGUAUUGGAGCCGUUUUGAUGAUUCGGUUAAUGCCGUGUCAUUUGGGUUUGUGGCUACUGCCAUUCUCAUCUCUAUGUUCCUUGUUAUGGCCAUUUUUGAGAGGUUUCUCAGACCUAGAUCGCCGGCGGCUAUCGGCAGGCCGCCUUCUGAUCUUGAAGCCCAGAUGAUGCUCGAUGGAAAGCCUCGUUACCCAUCUCCCAAGUGGUUGAACAGUGCUCAAGCCAUUAAUAUACCUAUCUCUCUCUCUCUCUGUGAUGAACAACAUGCUACAGAACUGUCAUGCAUACAUUUGUGACAACAAUCAAACAAAAAACUACUACUUUAUUGCGUCUGUCGAACAUGCUUAAUCAUUUCUGACUAUGACCUUUUGUACCACUGCUGAAUUCUUGUAACAUUUUGAGAACCAUGAUACUAGUAGCUAGAUGAUUACCAUAAGAUCUCACGUCGGUUGCAAAGUAAACGAAAUAUUUUUUAUAAGUAUUUGGAAACAUCUUUCUAACAGCGUGUUUGAAAAUCGUGAGGUUAACGGCCAUACGUAACUGGCUAAAGCGGAUAAUAUAUGUUAGCAGUGAGCUUGAGUUGUUACAAAUAGUAUUAGAGCCAGUUACGGGGCGGUGUGUCAGCGAGGACGCUUGGCUCUCAAGUGGGGUGGAUUGUGAGAU